GUGGUUUACUUGACCUCGGCGAUCCCAUGUAUAAGCGUUGAAAACCUUCUAGAUGAAUGCUGGCCUCCGUAUCUCGGGACGUCCAAUUGAAGCCACUAUAGGUAACGCUGGCGGAACCAUUGUGGACAUUCUUCGCCCGUUUGGUGAUUACCAGCUCCCGGAGGUGCUGAAUUUGCAGGCGAAGCUGUUUCUAGCAGUCAGGUUGCCACAUAUAGCAGCAUGAAUUCUAUACUAAAGCCAUGUAAUGACUAUGGUGGGGAAGUUACUUCGCACGUUGUGAGAAGUUGUUACUCAUGCAGCAAAACCGUCAUGUCAAAGACCCUGGUGGCUUUGUCAAAUAUCAUUGCGGCUGACGAGCCGAAUGACAACUUCCCAGUGCAUACUCAGAAACGUUUCGAUGUCAUGACGGUCUCGCAAACAUCGUGGGAAUGUGGCGGGACCCCGAGACCGCCGACUUGUACGCAGUGACAGGCUACUCAAAUCGUCCGGCAAGCUGUGGC